AUGACGGAGCCAGCAGCAAGCGAGUCGAGUGGAGUCCUACCGGGAUGGCCGUUCCUGUCUACGGCCAGCACCAUUAUACACGUCCGUAAUGGGACGAUAAGCUCGGACUUCAAUGGAGAGCAGUUCAUGUUCAAUAUAGAUGAAGCCAUGAAGAGGCCAGCCAACAACGAGAACAUAUACUCGGUAGAUGUGACGGAACCCUUAGUACAGGAAUUUUUGGAGGAAGAAUUCCUAAAGAGGCAGUUCACUGACUCCGCUGUAGACGAGGAGGUCGAGAAAGAAGUAGAAGAGUGGUAUGGUACCACGAAGGUCGGAGAGAUGGACAACCAGGCCAUUGCAAAAGCAAUAACGGAUUUCUGCGAGCGCCCGAAGCCAGCUGGGUCAAGUGGGAUAGCUCAAGUAUCUAGCCUAACGAAGCGGCUUGAUCAAGGCAAGGCACUAGAAAAAGAAGUGGCAGAAAAUCCUCUGCCUACUGAAGAGCCAAAGCCCGCGAAGAAGUUGAAACCCCUUCCAGCACAUCUUAAGUACGCCUACCUGGGGGAGGAAGAAACAAUGCCCGUUAUCAUCAACAGUCAGUUGACUCAGGGGCAGAAAGACAGAUUGCUGGAAGUGUUGAGAAAGAAUCAGAAGGCUAUUGGCUGGAAGCUGACAGAUUUGGUGGGCAUCAGCCCAGACUUGUGUAUGCACCACAUCCAACUGGAAGAAGGAGCCAAGCCACACCGCAACCAAAAACGGAAACUCAACCCCAACAUGAUGGAAGAAGUGCUCAAGGAAAUUGUCAAGUUGGUAUCGAUCGGAAUUAUCUACUUCAUUCUAGAUAGUAACUGGGGAAGUAGUACUUCAGCUUUUUUGGAAGGUUAUAGUGGCUACUUCCAGAUCGUUGUAAAUCCAGAUGACCAAGAGAAGACGACGUUUACCUUCCCCUUUGGCACUUACUCUUAUAGGAGGACGUCGUUUGGCCUCUGCAAUGCCACGGGCACUUUCCAAAGAUGCAUGAUGAGUAUCUUCUCUGACCUGUUGGAAGACUGCAUUAAGAUCUUCAUGGAUGACUUUACUGUCUAUGGGGACGACUUUGAUCAAGGGCUGCUGUCGAGCAGGCGGAUAGAGGUCGACCCAGCAAAGGUAGCGGUCAUUGCAAAGCUGCCGUAUCCUACAAAUCAGAAGGAGAUCAGAGCCUUUUUAGGCCACGCUGGGUUCUAUAGAAGGUUUAUCAAGGAUUUUGCAAAGAUAGCCCAGCCUCUGACGAAGCUUCUCCAGAACGAUGUGGAGUUUGAAUUCUCUGAUGCCUGCAAGGCCGCGUUCCAAUUUCUUAAGGACAGAUUGAUAAGUUCUUCGAAAAUACGCGCCCCCGACUGGAAUCACCCAUUUGAGGUGAUGUGCGAUGCUAGCGACUAUACUGUGGGGGUAGUAUUAGGUCAGAAAAUCAAAGGAAAGAGUUAUGUCAUCUUCUACGCGUCAAAAACGUUGAAUCAGGCACAAAAGAACUAUGACAUGACCGAAAAGGAGAUGCUAUCGGUGGUUUUCGCAUUUCAAAAAUUCAGGCCGUACCUGCUAGGGUCCAAAGUGAUAGUCUAUACUGACCAUACUGCGAUCAAGUACCUGUUGGCUAAGAAAAAAUCAAAGCCAAGACUGAUCAGAUGGGUCCUCCUCAUACAAGAAUUCGACAGGGAGGCAGUCGACGAGAAGGGAUGUGAGAACAAAGUGGCGGAUCACUUAAGCCGAAUUUUACAAGAAGAUAAGAUGAAGUUAUCCCAAACGCAUUCCCUGAGGAGCACCUCUACAUGA